AUGGAGCGAAAGCGUAAAAUGCCCGCGCGGGCAGCUGCUCGAGGAGAAUCCGCCGCGAAGAAGCGCAAUGUUACACCUCGAGAGCGUUCUGCGACACCUGCUGCUCCCCCGCCAGCAGCAGUCCCAGUCCCAGAUCCGGAGCCAGAAGAGCCUCCGCCACCGCCGUUGCCCAAGUCGGUCCAAGCUGGUAAACCGUUGCCCACUGUUGAAGUUGCCCAGCCUGAGGAUCUCUCUUCCAAGGAAUAUCAGUCCGUUGGUGAAAGCGGCGUACUUGCCGAGUCGCUCUCACGAUCUCGUCAUAAAUGGAUCAGCGAGGGUCUGUUUGCUAAAUAUUGGACGAAACCGCACAAGCGCAAGGGCGUACUCAUCGAAGACCCCAAAAACCCGCCCAAGGAGACCAUGUCAAAGGUUGGCAAUGUGACAAUCACCGUCGAGCCUCAUAUAAUCGAAGCUACGAUGUACGUGGUCAAAGACCCGAAACCAAAAAUUCAACCAUUACCACAGCAGCAACCGCAACAACGUCCAAUUAUCCAGUAUGGGCCCCCGAAUGGCUCGAUGCCUCCACCCCUCGCACCCCAAGCAUCAAUAGCCAGCGCCCCCAGCCAGAACAAGGCAGCGACACCAAAACCCAUACCACCCAGCCCAUCUCAGGGUAUAGCUCGAAGUCCGGCGCAACCACCUCAACCUCUUCCUCGAGCGCCGCAAGAUAAAGGCGUCCCGGCGCCAGCCCAGAAGCCUGGGAAUGCUCCGCUACCCAACAUAACACCACCUCCAAACCCAACAUUUCAGCCAAGGCCACAAGCCGCAGGAGGACCUGUAGCACCAUCUCCAGCGGCUCCACCAGUUGCGCAUGCGCCUCCCAGUGUUUCUGGGUCGGCUGCACCGGUCUCAGCACCAGCGCCAGCUGGACCGAUGGUGGCUCCUGCAAUGUCUACACCCAGACCACCGAACGCCCAAGCACCCGCGAGUGGUCUUGCAAAGCCUGCCCCAGCUCCAGGACCUCCAGCUCCAGGGUCUGCAGCCUCUGGGCCUGCUCCUGCAGCAAAACCAUCAGCAAAUGACCCUGUUAUUACCUUGCUCGCACAAAGAGCCUCAGGAGACGCGGAACUUCGUGAUCUUAUGAAGCGGGUGGCUGUAGGACAAGCUAAAGACGGCGAGCUAGCCCAUUUCCAGAAAAUAAUCGAUCAAUUAAGUGCGGAGUAUCGGAGAACAGGAGGACAGCAAGGACCAUCAGCAGACCGACUUCUAGUGGAUGGUCGAACGGUCCAGUAUUUUGCUACCGAAGUUCGGACAAUUCUUGACAUUGUUUUGGCUUCAAAUCCCAAUCAAAAAUCGUCUGACUUACGGCCACCUCAUGGAAGCGAUCUGCUCGUCGUACAACUUGUAAAAACUGCCUUGGACGACCAAAAGGUUCGAGACAUGAUCCGCAGAAUUGCAGAAAGCCGGCCAGGCUUCACCGACUCUAUAGAUCUGAAGGAAAUUCUGGAUAGACUGCACCGCGACAUGAAGAGCGCACCGCAAGCUUCUCCUGCUCCGGUACAAAUUCGACAGCAGGCUCCGAAUGGUAUGCCUAACGGUCAUACUAAAACGAAUUCGACUGUAUCUUCGCCCAAUCCCCAGGCUUUACGAUCUAAGGGGCCUCCACCUGCACCCAAGCAAGAUAUUACGGCAGUUGUGUUCGAUUUUGGAAGUGGGGACCGAUAUCUGUUCCCCAAGUUUAGCAUAUUAGAGUAUUUACCCACGGCAUCCGGUCAACAAGUCGUGGUUUCAUUUCUGAUUGUUCGUAAGGGAAGCACUUCAGAGUAUGGUGGAGAUCCGAAGCUUGAUUACUACCAGCCUGUCACGAUACGUCUCUUCACGCAGACUGGUCGCCAAUUGGAAAAUUUGGCACGAGUUGUUGCUCCUCAGGAUGAGGUCCGGCGUUACAUGGAUGAUGUAAUGGACAAUAUGACAAGGGCCGAGUAUGUGCUUUUGGCCAUGAGGCUUCCCAAGACCUCUCCAGACGGCGAGAAGGACGGCACAGCCUCGGAGGAGCCAAGAACCAAUGCCUCUACACCUAAACCUGACGUGGCAAUUGAAUCAAAGUCCGCACCGAAACCCGGUGUUCUCUGGACAUCUAAGGGGAACUCAGAGACGCCACCGGUGGAAGGGCGGUUGUCCAAGUCCGCGCGAGAUGCCGAGCAGGAGGCAGAGGCCAAGUACCAGCGCUUGAUCAACCAAGUAUCCGCCAAACAUACUGGGGCUUGA